AUUACUGUCGACUGUCGACUGUCGACUGUCGAUUGUCGUCUUAGUGUCUCCAGACUUCUUUCCAGAGCAAAAAUGGCGGCAAUGAAACUAAUUUCACUGAGAUCAGUCCACAAAACUGCGUCGUUUCACUUCAGUUUACGACAAAACCCUAUUCAUCGGAACUUUGUACGUGCUUUUUCAGCAAUAAUGUCUCCACCUUCAAUGGCGGUCGUCUACGACAAUCAUGGCCCACCCGACCAACUCACCAAAAUCGUUGAAAUUCCGCCCGUUGAAAUCAAAGAAAAUGAUGUUUGUGUUAAAAUGCUUGCUGCUCCUAUCAAUCCUUCUGAUAUUAAUCGAAUUGAAGGGGUUUAUCCAGUGAGGCCAGUUCCGCCGGCAGUGGGUGGCUAUGAAGGUGUUGGAGAAGUUUAUGCGGUUGGGUGUGGUGUUCAGGGUCUGUCCCCUGGUGAUUGGGUCAUUCCUUCUCCUCCUUCCUUUGGAACAUGGCAGUCGUACAUUGUUAAAGAGAAGAAUGUGUGGCACAAAAUAAACAAAGACACACCAAUGGAGUAUGCUGCUACAGUCACUGUCAAUCCUUUGACUGCAUUUAGAAUGCUUCAAGAUUUCGUCCAAUUGAAUCCAGGUGAUGCAAUUGUGCAAAAUGGUGCAACAAGCAUGGUGGGGCAGUGUGUCAUUCAGCUUGCACGGACUCAAGGUGUCCAUAGCAUUAACAUUAUUAGAGACAGGGCUGGGGCAGAUAAAGUGAAGGAAAGGCUAAAAUAUCUUGGGGCAGAUGAAGUGUUUACAGAAAGCCAGCUGGUAGUGAAAAAUGUCAAGGAUAUGCUGGGAACUUUGCCUGAACCUGCCCUGGGAUUUAAUUGUGUUGGUGGCAAUGCAUCUACUUUGGUUCUUAAAUUUUUGAGGAGUGGUGGAACUAUGGUGACAUACGGUGGAAUGUCUAAGAAGCCUGUCACCACAUCUACUUCAGCUUUCAUCUUCAAGGAUCUUUCCUUGAGGGGCUUUUGGCUUCAAAAAUGGAUGAGUUCCGAUAAAGCUUCAGAAUGCAGAACUAUGAUUGAUCACCUCUUGGGCCUGAUGCGUGACGGAAAGAUAAAAUAUGACAUGGAGCUUGUUCCCUUUGAAAAUUUUCACUCCGCACUGGAUAAGGCGCUUGGGAAACAUGGGAGCCAACCUAAACAAGUUCUCACUUUUUGAUCAUGCUAUUUUGGUUACUUCCGACGCGUCUUUCUGAGAGAAAGCCGUUUGGAAUUUUAAUGACAGAGUGGCGUUUACUUGUAGUUGAGAAUCAAAGGAGAUUCAUUGCUCAUGUCUAUACUGACCCAGUGACCCUUACGUAUUGCGUUGUAAUAUCGACUGUUAUCUCUCUGCUUUUCUACCCUUUUCGGUGUGUACAGGUUUUGUCCAUUUGAAUUUGCUCCGUAUAAUUUAAAUAUGUGAAUUUUUUAAUAUUAUAAGGUAAACUUAAAGGGACGGAGAUAGUAAUUUGUUACUUUGGCGUAACAUAUCUUCGAAUCUUGUUACAUAUAAUAAAACGGUUGGUAGUGGGUACA